AUGGUGCGGGUGUGGCAUUACGCGGUGGUCACCGCUCUUGCGCUGGUGACCGCACGCGCUUACCUCAUAAUCGUACCGGAUUCCGCACCCUCCGGACACGUAGUCUUAGACGCUGCUGUCUAUAAACUCGGCUCUGAACGCACCUACAAUAUUGACGUACACAGAACGGCUAAUUUCGUGCACCACAUACUGCGUGUCAACAGGACUAGCGGCCUUGUUACUCUUCGCAAGAGGCUCAGAUGUGAUGGAGUCCUCUAUCCAAAUCUCUUUACGUUCUACGUCGACUCAACCUCAGAUAGAAUUAGAGACAUAGACUAUUACAGUCUUCCUAUUCGAUUGCUGGUUACUGGCGAAGAUUGCAGUCGAAGACAUGCUGACUUAUAUGAUAUAGACUUCGACCGAGUCUACGAUCAAAACGAUGCAGCUCUGCAGUAUGAAGACGACGCAGUUCCCGCCAGGGAUAAGAGAGAAGUAAUAUAUCAAGAGAGUAUAGACUGGAGGUUGUUAGAAGCCGAUGAAUUAGUCUCUAGUCAGUAUAGUGUAUUAUCUACGGCUUAUCCGUGGUCGAGCGCGAUGUUCGAAGACUUCGUAGCGAGAAACAGAAGUAGGAGGAAACGAUCUCACAACUUAAUUCCAUUCGAUAUGGCGAUUGAUGUAAAAAUUGCUGAAGCGAAGCAGUGGAUAUCUGAAACAUACGCUAGCUUCGCAAUACCGACUACGGAUCGAUGGCAAGGGAUUUGUCUGAAGCAAUCGCAAUUCGUGAAUUCCCUUACCGCGUUCCUGCCUAGAACUGUGCAGAAAAUGUGUAAAGUACAAUUUUUAGAUGUGAGCGAUCCGAGAUUUGUUAUAGAGUCGAGUCAAGGAGAUUUGGUUGCAAGUGAAGAUAUUUGUAUACAGGAGCCAAUGUGGAAGGUGUCAAUACUUUUUACUUUUAAUUGUGAUAAGGUGAACAUAGUAGAUUCGGAUCAUCGGUUGAAGAUAGUGUAUCACCAUCAGGAGCUAAAUGAUACUGAUAUAGCUAGAAGAGUAAAGCGGGAGUUACGGAACCAGUCGCCGUACUUUGAGCAGGCGUUGUACGUAGCGUCUGUGGCUGAAGAACAACCUCCUGGAGCUAUUGUCACUACUGUUAGAGCUCGGGACCCAGAAAACAGUCCAGUGACAUACUCGAUGUCGAGUCUACUGGAUUCAAGGUCCGCUGGUAUGUUUGCCGUGGACACAAGGACCGGCGUGGUGACGACACAGGCAAGACUGGAUAGAGAGAGGCUUGAUGUACAUUACUUCAGGGUUGUGGCUCAAGAUGAUACCUUCCCGCCUAGGAGUGGCACCACCACUCUACAGAUUAAUGUACUGGACUGCAACGAUCACUCGCCAGUUUUUGAGAUGCAGCAAUAUGAAUCAUCAGUCAGAGAAGGUGCCAGUUCCGGGACAACAGUCCUCACACUCAAAGCCACGGACCAGGACAUCGGAAAGAACGCUGAGGCAAGUAUAAUAAAUAAAUUUUAUGACAGAGUGGAAUACUCAAUAGAAUCAGUGAUAGCAGAAACCCUAAAUCCUGAAGACACAAACGAAUCUAUCGAUACAGAACAGAUUGACAGUCAGGAUGUAUUCAGAAUAGACGGGAGGAGUGGAGCACUGUUGACCAGAGCCCCGCUGGACAGGGAGAAAGUGGCAAGAUACACCGUGAUUGUAAAGGCGACAGACCAGGCCAGCCCCGUAUCUGACAGGCUGAGUAGCACGGCCACCGUCCACGUGAACAUUUUGGAUGAUAACGACAACUACCCUCAAUUUAGCGAGAAGACAUACACCGUCACAGUUGAUGAAGACAUUAGUGUUGCUGAUAAUCCAAUCAUAGCACGAAUCAAAGCUACCGAUGCAGACGUGGGAUCGAAUGCAGCGAUACGCUACGCAAUCAUCGGUGGAAACACUCAGAUGCAGUUUUCAAUCGACAGUUUAAGUGGCGAUGUGUCAUUAGUCAAGCCGUUGGAUUACGAGCAAGUUCGGAGUUACAGACUAGUUAUAAGAGCACAAGAUGGCGGUAGUCCCUCCCGUUCAAAUACAACCCAGCUACUGGUCAACGUGAAGGAUGUUAACGACAAUUCUCCGAGGUUCUACACCAGCUUAUUCCAGGAAUCUGUCAGCGAGAAUGUACCCACAGGAUACAGCAUAGUUAGAGUACAAGCAUACGACGCAGAUGAGGGCAUGAAUGCGGAAAUCACGUACUCUCUAACCGAUAAGGAGUACAAUAGUAACAAUGACCUGCCAAUCACUAUAGAUCCUAGGUCAGGGUGGGUGUAUACCUCUGGACAGCUGGACAGAGAAGUGCAAGCGAAGUACCAGUUGAUGGUAACAGCCACAGAUGGUGGGUCCCCAUCUCGGUCAGCAACUGCCUCCGUCGUAGUUGUAGUUCAAGAUGUAAACGAUAACGAUCCUGUCUUUUCACCAUCCCAAUAUGACGUGGAACUGGCUGAGGACGAACCGCCAGGAACUCCUGUCGUCACAUUAACUGCUACUGACGCUGAUGAGGAUAACAGAUUGCACUACGAGAUAUCAGGUGGCAACACUCGAGGUCGAUUCUCUAUCACGUCACAAAACGGCAGAGGCCUGAUCACAGUCGCUCAGCCGUUGGACUUCAAACAAGAACGUCGAUAUGUCCUGACGGUCACAGCAACUGACAGCGGUGGAAGGUCAGAUACAGCUAUGGUGCAUAUUAAUAUCACUGAUGCCAACAAUUAUGCGCCGGUGUUCGAAAACGCACCGUAUACAGCUUCGGUAUUUGAAGAUGCUCCAGCGGGAACAACGGUCCUAGUUGUAUCAGCCACAGAUAGCGAUGUGGGAGUGAACGCCCAGAUCACGUACAGCCUCAGCUCUGAGAUAUCUAAUGAGGCGGUCACGCACCACGAACAGGAGUUUGUCAUCAACCCUCAGACUGGAGCUAUCACUACUAACAAAUUAUUGGAUAGAGAGACUAUGAGUGGAUACCUGCUGACUGUAACGGCUCGGGACGGCGGAGUGCCCUCACUCUCGGACACGACUGAUGUGGAGAUAUCAGUAGUGGAUGUAAACGACAAUGCACCCGUGUUUAAACAACAACUCUAUACUGCAAACAUUGUGGAAGAUGCUUUAGUUGGUACUUCAGUAACUCAAGUGAGUGCGACCGACGCCGACGUGGGCCUCAACGGUCGCGUGCACUAUGAGUUAGACCCCAGGGACCGUGAAGAAGGCUCGUUUGUCGUUGACCCCGCUUCUGGGGUCAUUAGGACUAACAAGGCAUUGGAUAGAGAGUCGGUUGCCACGUAUGACCUGAAGGCGCUUGCGAUCGAUGGUGGGACUCCGGCGCUGAGCUCAACUGUGAUAGUCCACAUAAAAGUGGAAGAUAUCAAUGAUUCACCGCCAGUGUUCGAGAGCGACUGCCUAACGUUCUACAUCUCUGAGAACAGUCCUAUUGGCACUACAGUGGGGGAAAUAUAUGCACAUGAUCCUGACGAAGGACCCAACGCUGUCGUUCAUUACUCCAUCAAAGGUGGAGACGACUCGAACAGUUUUUCACUCGAAACUCGUCAAGGCUCUGAUAAGGCCGAACUCGUGACCAUGGUUGACCUUGACUACGAAAGUCCCAGAAAGAAAUACGAGCUAAUUAUCAGAGCAGCCAGUCCGCCGUUAUGGAAUGACGUUAGAGUAGAGAUAAUGGUGACUGAUGUGAACGAUAACGCACCCAUGAUGAAGGACUUUCAGAUCAUCUUCAAUAAUUAUAAGGACUGUUUUCCUGUUGGACCGUUUGGAAGAGUGCCGGCGUACGACGCUGACGUCACGGACAAGUUACAAUACCGUGUGCUAUCUGGCAACAACGCGAACUUAGUUCUAUUAAACGAAACAUCGGGCGAGAUGACAUUGUCACCACAACUGAACACCAACGUACCCAAACUGGCUACCAUGGAGAUAUCUGUUUCAGAUGGAGUUAACGAAAUAAAGUCGAUGAUGCAGCUUUCCGUUCGGCUGAUCACCGAAGAGAUGUUGUUCAACUCUAUAACUGUCAGAUUGAACGACAUGACUGCGGAACAUUUCCUGUCACCGUUAUUCGGCUUCUUCGUAGACGGGCUAGCGGCUAUUAUACCUUGUCCAAAAGAAAAUAUUUAUGUAUUUAGUGUACAGGAUGACACCGACGUCACUGGCAACAUACUGAACGUGUCGUUCUCAGCGCGACGCCCGGAGCCGGAAGUAGGGGUGGCAGGAGACACAUCGCAGUACUACUCGCCAACGCACUUGCGUGAGCGAGUGUACCUCCAUCGAGCCACGUUGGCCAGGCUAGCUACUGUGCAGGUGCUACCUUUCGACGAUAACAUUUGCGUACACGAACCAUGUCUGAAUUACGAAGAAUGUCUCACGGUGCUGAAGUUUGGCAACGCUUCUGGGUUCAUCAACAGUGACUCUGUACUCUUCCGACCGAUAUACCCUGUCACCACUUUCACUUGUCAGUGCCCACACGGCUUCACGGGAUCUCGAGAACAUUAUAUGUGUGAUACUGAAGUGGAUCUGUGUUACUCGUCACCUUGCGUCAACAAUGGAACUUGUAUCCGACGUGAAGGCGGCUACAGUUGCGUGUGCCCAGCUGGAUAUACAGGUGUAAAUUGCGAAACUCAACUGAAGUCAGCGACUUGCUCCAUGGCGUCUGCGGUGUGCCGCGGCGGGUCGCAGUGCGUGUCGUCGCGCGAGGGCGGGCUGCUGUGCCAGCCCUGUGCGCUGGACGCUGAGCACACCACGGCCCUGUGUGAACUGAGAACUAGGAGCUUCCCCGCCUCAUCGUUCUUGACAUUUCCUGGAUUGAAGAGGAGGAAUAGACUGCAUUUGAAACUAAAAUUCUCAACCAUAACUCCAAACGGCUUGCUCCUGUACAACGGUCGGUAUAAUGAAAGGCACGACUUCCUAGCUCUGGAGACCAUCAGCACCGGUGCGGGGAGAGAGUCAGGAGCUGGCCUGAGGUUCACUUUUGCUUUGGGGGGCAACAAGGUUGACGUCACUGUCGCUGGAAACGUGGCUGAUGGGAAUUGGCAUACUGUUGACAUAGAGUACUACAAUAGGACCGCAACAUUGAUACUAGACGACUGCGACAAGGCGUUAUCGUUGGCGGGCGCCGCGGAGUUCGGCACUAAGUACGCAUGCGCUAACUACAGCUCCAAGGUUCUGCCACCGCGCUGCGAUAUACCCACGGAAACCUGUCACAGAUUUCUUGACCUCACGGGGCCUCUUCAAAUCGGCGGUCUCCCAAACAUUCCAAGUAGCUUCCAAGUCAAAAACAAAGACUUCAUCGGUUGCAUAUCAGACUUGCACAUCGACCACAAGUUUGUUGACUUGAACUCUUACGUGUCAGACAAUGGGACAUUGGCUGGAUGUCCAGAGAAACGGUCCCGGUGUAGUACCGCGCCUUGUUAUAAUGGAGCUGAAUGCAGAAACCUAUGGGAUACCUAUCUAUGUGAUUGUACCGAAGGGUAUACUGGGAAAGACUGCGCUGAUUCAAUUGCUCCACCUUGGCGAUUCAGCGGCGAUGGUAUGCUCUCGUUCAACCCUCUACUCCGGCCCAUACAACUGCCAUGGCUUAACGCUUUUUCCCUGCGAACAAGGGUCCAGGAUGCUUUCAUCAUGUCGAUACAAGUCGGACAGAACAGCACUAUACUGAUAACUUUAAAAUCCGGCAACCUCCACUACGCUUACAACGGAGAAUCCAUGUUUCUUCCAACGACCACACUCUUCGAUGGUGAUUGGCAUCGAAUAGAGAUCAAAUGGCUAGGCACAGAUAUAUCUGUAAGCGUGGACUAUGGCCUCCGGACCUCGCUACUGCCCAUGCUGGCUAAUAAGAUACAGGGCCAAUAUAUUGGGAAGAUUCUGAUUGGGGGGCCUGACACCACAGCUGGACUGUUGGCCUCUGAAGUUGGUUACUUCGAGGGGUGUAUUCAGGAUGUGAGGGUGGGUUCUGCUCAGUCUCUGCUCAAUCGGCCUACUGUGAGAGAAAAUGUCAGAGACGGAUGUCAAUCGAGGGCCGACUGCAUGCUCUCCAUCUGUCCACCAUACAGCACGUGCGUGACAUCGUGGGACAACACCGAGUGUGCGUGCGAGCGCGGGCGCGUGGGGCCGCAGUGCGUGCGCGCCUGCGACCUGCGGCCCUGCGGGGAACACGCCACGUGCGUGCACCACGACUCCGACAGGGGCUACCGCUGUCACUGUGACGAAGGGUACAUGCUUACCGCAUCUGGCUGUGUAGAAGCCGUAGCUCAAGAGUGUCCAGGAGGAUGGUGGGGAGGAUCCAGUGGGGCGUGCGGACCUUGUGACUGCGAUGCCACCAGGGGAUAUCAUCCACAUUGCCACGCUACCACAGGCCAUUGUCAUUGCAAGGAAAACCACUACAAACCCGAAGGUUCAGACGAUUGUCUCCCGUGCCAAUGCUACGCAGCAGGUUCGCUAAACAGUUCGUGCGAGAGCUCGGUGGGUCAGUGCCACUGUAGGGACGGGGUCAUCGGCCGCGCCUGCGACUCUUGCGCCAACUUGUACGCUGAGGUCGCUCCUAAUACUGGCUGUGAAGUUGUCUACGAUGGUUGUCCUCGUUCCUUCUCACACGGCGUGUGGUGGCCACGGACCAAGUUUGGCAUUGAAGCUGUCACAGAUUGUCCUGCAGGAACCAGCGGCAAAGGAACCCGUAUGUGUGAUGAAUCUCAAGUCGUACCGUGGCAAGAACCUGACAUGUUCAACUGUACUUCAUCCACCUUCUACCAACUCAGAAAACAGCUAAGCAAAAUUGAAUCCGGCGAGCUCUCCGUCAAUACCUUCGUGGGCGUACGUCUAGCGGCGGACGUGACGACAGCAUGCAGCAACACGCAACAUCUAUAUGGAGCCGACAUUCUGAUCGUUGAAGGGAUACUCUUGGAACUGCUCAACUAUGAGCUUCAGCAAGCUGGCUUGAACCUCACCCAUAGUCAGGACAAGGAUUAUGUGCGGAACGUAAUUAAAUCUGCGAACACAAUCCUAGAUGUACAAUAUGAGAAGGAAUGGUCACGUAUUAGAGAAUUGACAGGUCACGGUAUGGAACUGAUGGUUCAAAAGUUCGACAAAUAUAUCGCAGUGCUGGCUGAGAGCCAACACGACACCUACACCAGUCCCUUCGAGAUUGUCACUAGCGACUUAGUAAUCGGCGUGGACAUAGUAACAGCAGAGUCAAUAUACGGCUUUGAGCCGACUCAACUCAACCGGUACAACCUAGACACGUACACGACCGAACGAGUGGUCCUACCAGACACGUCUGCUUUCCUACAUUCGCCGCUACAGACCCCGCUAUAUUACCCCAACGGCAAGCUGAACAAACACAAAAAGCCAUCCAGCCCGACUGUCUCGUUUCCUAAAUAUAAUAACUACGUGAGGAACAAGAAUAAAUUUGAUAAGUUCACAAGGGUGUUACUGCCGCUGGAUCUACUUGGAAUUACUAAUAAUAAUAUACAAGAGAACUUAGAGUUAAACUACGAAUCUCGGGCAGUGUUCUCUUACCUCCAAUAUUCCCGCAAUACAUCACAACUAAUGCCGCUGCGUAUGGACGAGUCAGUGAGCCUGCGGUGGGGCGUCAACAUCACCGUGGGCUCGCCUAUAAUACAACUUGCUCUGUUCGUGCCUGAGUAUGUGUGGACUAAGGAGGCCAGUGACCUGAGUGAGGAUAACUCGAGUGAGAAUAAUAGCGAGGAUCUCGAAGGUAUCGUAUACGCUAACAAGGGAAACCAUCAUUCCCACCAAACUGACCACCUGAACCCAAUUCCACCACAAAACACUUGGACGUCAGAGGAAACCCAGAAUCACGACCACCACGGUCCAAUCGUCAUCCAACCAGCAUUCAAAAAACAAGACAAAUCCUAUACGAGUGAUAAUUUACAAGAAAAUGAAUCAACAUACAUGGCUGAGAAACUCGAAAGUAAUGAAGGACCAAAAGUAAUGGCAUUGAUAAGUGAAAGUGGAAACUUGACCAAAGAUGGAGUGAAGAAGAAGUUGAUGUAUAAAAGUCUGAGUGGAAUUAGACUUAAGAGACCUAUAAGGUUGCAAAUAUGGUUGGAUAUAGAUAGAGAAACCUUCAGCUCAAGAACGAACCCUCAGUGUGUACAUUGGUCGACUUUGAGAGGAUCUGGUGAAUGGUCACGCGUGGGCUGUCACACGGAGAUAGACUACGACUGGUCCCCAUACUCUAACGAGCCCCUCCUCAUCAACUGCACAUGUAACCAUCUGUCCACGUUUGCUGUUCUGGUAGAUGAAGUGGACAUCGAGUUCGUCCCAGAGCCGUCUCUCCUGGAGUCUGUGACAUCAUACACAGCGUUCAGUAUAUCAUUGCCGCUGCUGCUGGUGACGUGGGCGGCGCUGUGUCUGAUGCGCGGCGGCGCGGCGACAGUCUCCAACUCCAUACAUAAGCACCUCAUCUUCUCCGUGUUUAUGGCAGAACUUCUCUACCUUAUUGCACUAAAGGCUAGAACAACUUUGGUUCAGAAUGAGUUCCUGUGCAAGCUGGUGGCGAUGUCGCUGCACUACUGGUGGGUGUGCGCGCUGGCGUGGUGCGCGUGCGACGGGUGGCAGGUGCGGCGCCUGGUGCGCGAGCUGCGCGACGUGAACCACGGCCCGCUCUGCGCCCAGCUCGCCGCCGCCUACGCCGCGCCCGCCGUGCUGCUGGCGCUGGCCGCCAGCCACCACCAGCACCAGUACGGGAACGCGCUCUUCUGCUGGGUAAGCUGUCAUGAGCCAGUGGUGUGGUGGGUGGUGAUUCCAGCUGCUAUUUACGCGGGAGCCGCCAUUGUGUUCCUCGCUGGGGCCACAAGAGCAGCAUUCACUGUUAGGGAUCACGUUAUUGGAUUUGGCAAUUUGAGGCUGGUGCUGGGCGUGAGCGUGGUGUGCGUGCCGCUGGUGUGCGUGUCGUGGGCGAGCGCGCUGGUGCUGGCCAGCGAGUGGGGCGCGCGGCGCGACGCGCUGAGCGCGCUGCUGGCCGGCGGAGUGGCCGCGCACGCCGCCGUCGCCGCGCUCGGCUACAUCGCCUUCAACGUGCGCGUACGGGACAACCUCAAAAGGACAAUACUAAGAUGCAUGGGAAAGAAAGUGCCUCUAGUCGACACCUCUGUUAUAAUCAGCAGCAGUGCCCAAAAUCUGUCACAAAUUAACAGGUCUUCUCUGGCAUAUCACAGCAGUACAGAACCAGGAAGGCAGAUGAGGAACAUCGGCAUAUCUGCGUCAUCUACAACAUCGAGGUCGACCACAAAAACUAGUUCUAGUCCUUACAGCCGUAGCGACGGACAACUCCGUCACACGAGUACAUCCACUUCAAACUACAACACUAGCGCGAGUGACAUGCCCGCUUACCUCAGAGGGUUCGACUCUUCACUGCAUACCAGGAAAGAUGACGAAGGUCGUCGGCGUCGCAAGGCAGCUCGAGGCGUCGAGGCGUCAGGCGAGGCGGGCGAGGAGGUGACCGAGGCCACGGACAGCGACACCGACAGCGCGCGCAGCCUCGACCUCGCCUCAAGUCACUCCUCCGACGACGACGAGACCAGCACCAGGCGUUCCAGCCACCCGCCCUCCUCCAACAGGGAUCGCGCUACAAGUGCGUCUAAUUACCUGCCGAACAUCACUGAAGGCGCUCCGUUGGCAAUAGCGCCGAGAUGGCCAGCGCAUGUCAGAGAAGAAUCAAACUGCCCAGAGAUGGGUCGCUGGUCUCAAGAGACGGGCUCGGACAACGAAGGAAUAAAUGCCGGCUUAGCUUCUCCAUCGCCGAAUCCACUUCCUAAUCCGGACCUCACAUCAGACGUGUACCAUCUCAGCAGACAUCGAAUGAAGCCUUCCAUAUUGGAGAAUGUUCACGACACUUACGUAGCCAGCGUUGAUGCGUCGAGAUUACCGCUCGAUAACAGAUACGGUGUAAUGGACGAGGAGCUCAUGUACGGCGUACUACCAAACGACACGGAAAAACAAAUACCCUAUGACCCAAACUACCCCAUUUCCCCCACAAUGUACAGACUGCCUGGCAAUCCUUACGGCUCCAAAACAUACUUGGCAUCGAGAACAUCUGACUACGGCUACAGCCCAACAAAAUAUCUUAACUCAGAAACAAAUGUCUACGGGUCUAGGGAUUUCAGGGAUUCGGGAGUGUCUACAAGGGAACAUGAUGGGUACCCACCGAGAGAUUAUAGGGAUUCAGGAAUAGCGACUAUGUUAAAGAACGACUAUCAAAGAAAGAUGGAUGGUCACUACGGCGGCGAUUACAAUGAUAGAAUGUCUGAAGGGUCAGAUAAGCAUCAUCCUCAUGAUAAAUAUCUAUUCCCCUAUACAGCUGAGGAGGACCACGCACAUUUGCGUGCCAUCACCCAGUCACCGCAGGUCCAUAGUAGUGAGCCGCAUACAGGCGAAUCUCAACAACAACAGAUGGGGGCACCACUAGCAAGUAUGGGAGAGAGCAGCGAGAAAUCUACUACUGAGGACGAUGCGGAGACAAGAGUUUAA